ACCAUCCAGGGGGCUGCGUCUGGGUGCCUAGGCACCAUACUCCCUUCACCAACCUCCUGCAACAUUUGGCCAUGCAAGGGCACAGGCUGAGGCCGUGGCUAGCUUCCCCCACCCUCCGGAACCCAGGGAGAAGCAGGAAGACAGUGAGGUCAGUGGGUGCGCCCACACUGACACCAGAGACAUGGGACUGCAGGAACACAGAGAGGCCAGUAAAGGGCAGGGGCUCUGCAGGACCCUUGUCUACACCCACCUCGGCCCAAACCUGCUGAUAGGAGCUGCCCAAAAGAUUUCACCAAGGACAGAGCUAGGCCCCAGCCUGGGGAACAAGGGCCUGCCCUCACCCUCAGUCAGCCUCUCCUACCUGACCCUUGAAGCCCCACCUCCCGGGCUGCUCGCGGGCGGGCCGGGGAAACGCAGCGGCGGGGCGCAGGCCGCGAGGCGCAGGAGCAGCGCGGGGAGGGGCCCUGGACGCGGGGUAAGGCUGGGCCCCUCGGCGGAGGCCCGCGCAGGCAGGCCCCGCCCCGACCUCGCACAUCUGGGCCGGGAGCACGGACAGACCCGGCGGCUCAGCCCGCGCGGCCAUCCGGCCUGGAGGAGGGGGAGGGGGCGGCGGGCGGGGCGAGCCCGAGGCGCGGGGCUGGGCGCACGUCGAGGGCUGCGGCCAUCGCGGCAGGGCACGGCCACCGGCUGCGCGGGCUCAGGAUCCAGGCGGCUGGACAGAGCACGCGCUGUCGGGCGGGCGGAGGUGAGUUCUGGGGCGCGGGGCUGCUGGGCUCCCAGAGGAGAGAAAGGCGACGAGGUUGCUGUCCUGUCCUGCGCUGUUGGUUGA